GCUCUGACGAUUUUUUCCCCCAGUCCGACAGACACACGGGGUCCUUCAGCUGCCACCCUGCAGGAUCGGGGCACCUAAUGCCUGACGGAAAAUCUCACAAGACAAAACCGCUUUGAAUGUGAGUCUAUUGUUUGCUCCACACUCCGGAGCAGAAGGGGGCGAUGAUGAACAACAUUCCGCACAUUAACCGCCGUAAACACGAAGAAAAAGAAGCAUGCGGAACUAACGGAGUCCACAACAACGGUAAACACACACAAACACUAAACGUUUAUCUUCGCGAAAGUGUGUUUGAGGCCCGAGACCGUGCUGUGUUUGUCUCAUGUCAUCGGAGGCGCGUGCGUGUGAUCUGUGACUGGAGGAUAUGAGCAGGUGUAAUGGAAGCAAACGAGUGUGUGGACGGCAGCUCUAUGAUUCCAGAUGAGGACUCUCUGAUUGAAGGAGUGAGCGAUCCCGUCCUGCUCGUGCUGGUGCUCAGCGUCACCUUUCUGGUGGGUCUGGCGACGCUGCUCUGCAGGAAUGAGCAGCAGAGGAUUCACCCGGAGAAUCAGGAGCAUGUGCGUGUGGUCAGAGAGCAGCUUCAGUCAGAACAGGUGUCGUCGUCAGAGCCGAGGCAUCAGUAUUACUCAGACAUGUCGUGUCCCGUGUGUCUGCAGCAGGCCGUUCUGCCCGUAGAGACCAACUGCGGUCAUCUCUUCUGCGGGCCGUGCAUCAUCGCGUACUGGCGUUACGGGACGUGGCUCGGCGCCAUCAACUGCCCCAUCUGUAGACAAAUGGUGACCCUGCUUUUUCCGCUUUUCCAAGACACUGGGCACAGCGCUGAGACACAAGACGGACAGGUCGAACCCGCGCUGAUCCUCAACGACAUCAACGACUACAACCGUCGCUUCUCUGGACAGCCGCGCUCUCUGCUGGACCGUCUGCGGGACGUCCCGACGCUGCUGCGGCACGCGUUCAGAGAGAUGUUCUCCGUCGGCGGCCUCUUCUGGAUGUUCCGCAUCCGGAUCCUGCUGUGUCUGGUGGGCGCGCUGACGUACCUGGCCUCGCCGCUGGACUUCAUCCCCGAGGGCGUGGUGGGGCUGCUGGGCUUCAUGGACGACUUCUUCGUCAUCCUGCUCCUCUUCAUCUACAUCUCCAUCAUGUACCGUGAGGUGGUGACGCAGCGGCUGGCCGGAUGAGGUGUCGCGCUCACGCGCCGCUCCUGUCGCGGGUUUCUGGGUAAAGCCCGCCGCUGGUUCCGUUUUUGCUUCUGUGCGGUAGAUUUCUGGUUUGUGCUGCUUCGCUAUGGACCGAAGAUUCAACGCUUUUAUUUUGUAAGACGACGUCCGAUUAAACCUCAUCAAGCGCUGGUGUUCUGAGUUCAGCGCAGCGUGAAGAGGAAUCCAAAGUUUGAGCAGACGAUCCUCAAACGAACACACGGAACACGCUGUUUUCUGCAAUAUUACAGAUGUGUUUAGUACAGCGGUGCCCAAACUCGGUCCCGGAGGGUCUGUGUCCUGCGGAGUUUUGCUCCAAUUUGCCUCAGCACACCUGCUGGGAACUUUUUAAGUAUGCAUAGUAAGAGCUUGAUUAGCUUGUUCAGGUGUGUUUGACUGGGUUCGGAGCUCAACUCUGCAGGACACCGGCCCUCCAGGGCCGAGUUUGGUCACCCCUGGUUUAGUAUGACAGAGCUGAAAUAUGACGCAUGGACUCGUGCUGCAGUUGAACAUUUGUACAUCUCUCACACACACACACAGUCAUUUUCUCUUGGUGAAGCCCAGAUGGUGUCUUUCGAACGGGCUGAUAUCUGCAUUAAAGAAAAAGUUUAUUUGUGUUGGUGA